AUGAACAGAACUCGCAUACAUUGUCCAUUUAGUGCAGAAGAAACUCCACCAGAGAACAUGCGAAAAAUAUAUAAACAAGAGAGCACUCGUAUUAAGACAUAUCUUGAAGAGAAUUAUGAAGAAAUUGGAUCAUCAACAAUGAGAUUUACGGAUUUUCUGACGGCUAUAAACAUUGUAUCCGUUGAUGAAUACAUACUGGCAAUUCUCCCAACAUUUGAACGUUUAACAAGCCAAAGAACAGAUGGCUCUAUUCAGUUAAUAUCAAGUGAUCAAGUAGGGAUCCAACUAAUGCUCGAGUUUCAGGUAUCUCCUUCUAUGUAUGAUACUCUUUUUUUUUGUCACAGUACUGUUAGUUUAAAUGAUGCAGUCGCCUCAUAUACUGCCGAUUCUAAACUAUUUCUUGAUGGAGAAGGUGGAUCAGCAAGUGCUGCACUUAUCGACAAUAUAUUUCCAACUAUGUCAGUAACAAGCUCAGGAAGAUGCAUCUUGUUAACCAGCUUUUCUAUCUAUAUCAAAAUAAAUGGCCACAGCAGAAAAUAUACGUUGGAAUAUAUGUCCCAUAAUGCGCAUGUUUACUAUAAAGAUUAUUAA